AGUUUUACGAGGGUAUGUUUGGCAGCGCUACCAGGAUCCAGCGGCUGCCCCAAAUCGUGCGCGUGCUACGUUCCCACCGAAGUGCACUGUACCUUCAGAUAUCUGACCGCAAUACCAGGCCAGAUCCAGACGGCUGUGGAAAGAAUUAACCUAGGGUAUAACAGUAUAACCGUAUUGAGGGAGAAUGAUCUGUCUGGUUUGAAACACCUGGAGCUGCUGAUGCUCCACAGCAACACCAUCCACAGCAUCGCUGACAGGGCCUUUCAAGACCUCAAGUCCUUACAGGUCCUGAAGAUGAGCUACAACAGAGUGAAGGAGAUCAACAAGGACAUCUUCCAAGGCCUGGAGGGACUGGUACGACUCCACAUGGACCACAACCGCAUCGAGUUCAUCAACCCGGAGGCGUUCUACGGUCUCACCAUGUUACAGCUGGUCCACCUGGAGGGCAACCUGCUCCAGCAGCUCCACCCGGAUACCUUCAUCACGCUGAGGCACAGCCAAGUGUUCAAGGUGUCCUCCGUUAGGAACAUCCACCUGUCUGACAACCUCCUCGCCAGCUUACCCAAAGAUGUCUUCACUGGCUGCUCUCAGCUGGAGAAUGUCUAUCUCCACGGCAACCCCUGGUCCUGCGACUGUCGCAUGGCUUGGUUCCCAGAGUGGGCGGAGAGAAAUUCAGCUGCGCUGAAAUGCAAGCGAGACAGGAAGUAUGCCAGAGGUCAGGCCUGCCCCGUCUGUGAGACCCCCGCUCCCUCUAGAGGCAAGAGCCUAACCCAGCUUCCCCGUGAUGCCUUCACCUGUACCAAGCCCUGGAUCCACCCCCAUCUGAAGCAGAGGAACGUCAGCCUGGACGAGGGGGAUUACACCCCUGUCUCCCCCCGGGACUUCAUAGCCCCCAUCGGAUCCCUGCAGAUGAAUCUAACAGCUCAGUUCCACAAUGACGCUAGCCUUACCUGCACAGUCCAGAGACCAUCAGCCAUGGAGAACCUGACUCUAACCCAGGUGGAGGAGGGGGAGAAGAACGUGACUAUGCUGUCCACCACCAUCUCUACAUGGCUGGUCUGUAAUAUUGACUAUGAGCACAUCCAACAGCUCUGGCGCAUCCUGGCUACGUACAGUGACGUUCCCAUGAGACUAGAGAGAGGGUUGAUGCUCUCCAGGACCCCAGACAUGAUCUACAAGUACACCCAGAUCAGACCAAAGGAGGGACGUGAUGAAAUCCACACAGACGUUGAGGCUGAGAUUAAGGCUUCACCUGCAUGGUUGAUGCAGGGAGAGGUCAACUUUCAGCUGGACCGCACUACAACCACAUUCUCCACAUUGCACAUUAAGUACAGGUCAGUGGUCAACCUGCGUGUGGAGAACAAGGUGUCGCAGAGGAGGGACCGUUACAGCUGGACCAUCAUCAAACGAGACAACCAGACCCAGACUGAGCACUCUGUCCUCAUAGGUGGGGUGGUGGAGCUCAACUGCAAGACCUUUGGGGAACCAAAACCCUCUGUAGAGUGGAUCUUAUCGGACGGCAGUAAGGUGCGGGCACCCUACUCCAGCGAAGAUCGCAGGAUAGUGAUCACCGCUGAUGGCAGGCUGACCCUGAGAGGAACAGACACCUCAGACACUGGGCUUUAUCGCUGCAUCGCCACUAACUACCUGGAUGCAGACGUGCUCAGCUUCCGGGUCACCGUACUGUCUCCCGAUGUGGAGGAGGUGGAGGUCAACGGGGUCAAGCUCUCACGGCCUCUGGGCCAGAGCCUGGUUCUAGACUGUGGGUCCGCAGGCAGCCCUGAUGCCUCGGUCCAGUGGAUUCUACCUGACCACACAGUGCUGGAUAAAUCCUAUGGGAACAGGAAGCUCUAUAGGAACGGGACUCUAGGAAUUAAAGAUCUGACCUCCAGAGACCGGGGGUUUUACAGGUGUCUCAGUGCUAACUACCUGGGGGUGGACCUGUUGACGUCCCAAGUGACAGUCACUGGGGAGGGGUCCAGAAAGGUGACAGUGGUGGAUAGAGAAGGGUCAGGGGCAGAGGCUGGGGUUGAGGUUACCGGGGCCAUAGAGGAGAGGGAGUAUUCCCACAGUGAGGUCCUUUCCUCCAGCCCCUCUGACAGAACCAUCCAGGAGUCCAGGACCAUCACAUUAGACAGGCCCUACCCCAGACUCAGGUCUUCCUCUCAGGGCAGAGGAUCAGGGGGCUCUUGGGAGAGAAGGAGGAGCCCAGCCAGCAGUAGACGCAUAUGGAGCAACAGGAGGGUAUUUGAUCAAGCCUCCAGGAAAGUAAACCCCCAGAGAUUUGCAGAGUUCAUGAAGAAGGCCCAAGGUGGUUUAACAACAAAGACAAAGAGUGUGAAAGAAAAAGGUGAUUCAGAGCCUGACAUGUCUGGGGACGGGGAUGCUGGAUCUGGGGAGGGUCUGUCUCAUGAGGACAGACUCAUUGUUUUACAAACCAGCGUCAUGCCAACCACAGAUACUCCAGAUGAAAGUAUGAUGGGUGUAACUGCAAGCAUAGAGAAUUUAAAAAAUCAGAGUAAUGUCAUGGCAACCACCGACAACAGUGAAACCAGUGUCAUGACAACCAUGGAGAUCCCAGAUGACAGUCGGACUAGUUUCACUGUAACAACAGAAAAUACUGACAGAGUUACAGCAGUGACGACAGAUUCAUACACCCGGUCAGAUGCCACACCCAUCGAGUCCACAUUCACCCACAGCAGCCACAACACAGGGAGUAUCAAUGAAACCACAUUCACCCACAGCAGCCACAACACAGGGAGUAUCAAUGAAACCACAUUCACCCACAGCAGCCACAACACAGGGAGUAUCAAUGAAACUCAGGGUGAGGCCGGCUUUCAAUACAGCCCCAGAAAUAGUGGGUCUAGUGGUGAGUCGUACUCUUUGGAGAGGAACACGACAGUACCUCUGAGACAACCCGUCACGCUCCUCCUCGCCGUGACCAACACCACAGACGAGACCCAGAUCCUGUUCUCCAGAGAAACACCUGCAGAACCAGAUACCUCCACCGGGGCGGCGCUAUCGCUCCUCACCGAUCCCAAUGUCACCCUCAUGAUGGACAGUCCCAGAUCACCCCACAAAGAGUCUGAGAUCCACACAGCCACUGACCCAGACAGCCAGACCACCUUCACUGCAGUCACCACCACAGAGACAGAGCAGGAUGAGAUCACCGUCCACACCACCCAGAGGAUCAAGUCCCCACGUCUGCCUGCAGGCUCCACCAUCAUCUCCCGCCAGCAGAUCCACAUCAUCCCCCCUAAGAAUGGCCGAGGAGGAGGAGGAGGAAGAGGAGGGGGACGGAGGAGGAACUUCCCUGGCAGGAGGAGGUUCAUCAAGCCCAACCGGAUCACAGACAUCCAGUCCAUCCUGAACAAACUCAAACAGCCCACCACGGUGAAGAAGCAAGGCAACAGCACAGUUCCCUACACUAUGGAGCUGACCACAGAUUGUGACUGUGAUGAAGAUGAGAAGAAGACAGGUGGUCAGCGGGUAGUCAAACCAACAACAUCGCCUAAAGCACCCAACGUCCCUAGCUCCUCUCUAGGAAGAACAGAGAGACCCACCACCACAUACUCAACAGAAGCCCCCACCACCACCACCCAGCCCACCUCCACUCACUCUCAGUCCCCCUCCACCACCCAGCCCACUUCCUCUCACUCUCAGUCCAGAGGUGAGGUAUCCAGCAGCUACAUGACUUCCACUAAUGCCCCAGAGUCUGACCCAACACACGACCCUAUGACGAGCACAACAGAUGAACCAACAACCUCCACCAUCACAACCACAACUGCCUCCAAGAUCGUCCGUGGUAAGAACAUCUGGGGCAAGCUGUUUGGGAACAGGGACAGGCAGAGGGAAAUAGUCAACAGACUACGUAAACCAGCCAGGCCCUCAACCACCCCAGAGGGCUCAACAACAGUCCAAUCAACCACCACCACAACUACAACCACAAUCGCACUGCCCACCCAGCAGUCUCUGGCUGAACCUGUGACCGAGUCACCGUCUAGAGCAAGUAAACACAGAGAGACCCCAGAAAGCUCAUCAGACGAUGACUAUGGAGAUUCAUCGCCUGACUCUGAGGCCUCGACCACACCCCAGCCUGGCACUAGCCGUGGAACUACAACCCCAGCCUAUGACUACAGGUCCUCCCCCACCACAGAGUCUUCCCCAGACACCCAGGCCAUCGCCUCCCCACCUGCCCCAAGAGAAGACACAGAUGAGGCCUCGUCCUCUGUGUCUGAAUCCGGAGGGUCAGCGGGGUACCUAUCCCGUAGAUUUGGGGGAAACCGGAGACCAAAUGGAGGGUCAGUGGGGUACCUAUCCCGUAGAUUUGGGGGAAACCGGAGACCAAAUGGAGGGUCAGUGGGGUACCUAUCCCGUAGAUUUGGGGGAAACCGGAGACCAAAUGGAGGGUUAGGGGGCAGGAGGCCUUUCAGGGGCAGGAGGCCUUUAAAAAAAAACAUAACAACUACGGAAGCCCCCAGCACCACCAUAGAAUCAACAGAGCCUUCAACCACCAUGGAGACCACCAUGGAGACCACCACAUAUCCCAUAGAAACCACCAUGGAGACCACCACAUAUCCCAUAGAAACCACCAUGGAGACCACCACAUAUCCCAUAGAAACGACCAUGGAGACCACCAUGGAGACCACCACAUAUCCCAUAGAAACCACUAUGGAAACCACCGUGGAGACCACCAUGGAGACCACCACAUAUCCCAUAGAAACCACCAUGGAGACCACCAUGGAAACCACUAUGGAAACCACCAUGGAGACCACCACAUAUCCCAUAGAAACCACCAUGGAAACCACCAUGGAGACCACCAUGGAGACCACCACAUAUCCCAUAGAAACCACCAUGGAAACCACCAUGGAGACCACAAUGGAGACCACCACAUAUCCCAUAGAAACUACCAUGGAAACCACCAUGGAGACCACCAUGGAGACUACCACAUAUCCCAUAGAAACCACUAUGGAAACCACCAUGGAGACCACCACAUAUCCCAUAGAAACCACCAUGGAAACCACCAUGGAGACCACCAUGGAAACCACCAUGGAGACCACCACAUAUCCCAUAGAAACCACCAUGGAAACCACCAUGGAGACCACCACAUAUCCCAUAGAAACCACCAUGGAGACCACCAUGGAGACCACCACAUAUCCCAUAGAAACCACUAUGGAAACCACCGUGGAGACCACCAUGGAGACCACCACAUAUCCCACAGAAACCACCAUGGAGACCACCGUGGAGACCACCACAUAUCCCACACAUACCGUCUCCGUCUCCAAGCCCCUGUACACGCCGUCCAGAGAAUCAGAUAGGUCUGCAGUGACUGUGUCCACUGACACGACCUCUAAGGGGAAAACCACCACAGACUCCGACUCGUACGAUAAUGAGAACUGGACAGAUGAGAUGAAGUCCUCUACUAACCGUCCACGAGCCUACACUUCCAUCACCAGGCCCAGAAUGACCUCUACCACAACUUAUCCAACCACCACCUCAAGGCCUUACACUACAUCAUCAACCCGCGUCCAGACUAACACCGACCCCAUCAGAGUGAACACUAACAUCAGGCGCCCGUCAGGGAGAGACAGUCGUUACCAGAUCACACAGAGACCCAUGAUCAGGAGAACCAGGCCCAAGGUGUCCAGUAACAGGGCCAGCAGAGGCCCAGACAAGACCCUGACCUUUGACACACUGACUAUUCUGGAAGCAGAGCAGGGGCACGCCAAAGCCCCCUACAGCAGCAAGGACAUAGACGAUGCCAUCUCCAACGCCUAUACCCACAUCACCGGCUAUGAUACGACAACGGCUAAGAUUGUGGGCUUUGAGCGGUCCACCAAGGACAUGCUCACCAAGCCCAGGAUCGUGGGAGGCAACGCUGCCAGCUUCACUGUCCUGUCCAAAUCAGACGCCUUCCUGCCCUGUGAGGCCGUGGGCAGCCCUGAACCCACCAUCAGCUGGAAACGCUUCUCUUCAAGCACUGGUAUGGAAAAUAACAGGUUUGAGGUGUUCCCGAACGGCACUCUGUCCAUCCAGAAUGCAAACAUCAAAGACCGUGGUCAGUACCUCUGCCUGGCUGAGAACGAGCAGGGGUCGGACAAGCUCCUUGUCACCCUGUCCGUGGUGGCCUACCCCUCACGCAUCCUGGAGCCCAAGGUACGGGAGAUCAAGUCCCACUCAGGGAAGACAGUGGAGAUGAAGUGCAAGGCAGAGGGUCGCCCCACACCUCUGGUCUCCUGGAUCCUGGCCAACCUCACCCAAGUCAGGGGCCACAACUCGGGCUCCAGAGUGUCAGUGACCCCAGAGGGCACUCUGCUCAUCAAGCAGGUGUCUGUGUAUGACCGGGGCCACUACAAGUGCAUCGCCAGUAACCCAGCAGGAGCUGACACUGCCACUGUCAGACUGCAGGUGGUGGCAGCACCUCCUGGCAUCCUGGAGGCCAAACGACAGCAGGUCCAGGCCGGUGUGGGUCAGAGCCUGUGGUUACCCUGUACCGCUCAGGGCAGCCCCCAGCCCACCGUGCACUGGGUCCUCUAUGAUGGAACGGCGGUGCGGCCCCUGAAGCCCUCUGUGGACCCCAGGGUGUCUGUGUUCGCUAACGGGACGCUCCACCUGACCGAUACGGCCGGCACGGACAGUGGGAAGUACGAGUGCAUCGUCACCAGCUCUACAGGGUCGGAGCGCAGGGUGGUGACGCUGACGGUGGAGAAGAAGGAGAUGGCUCCUGAGAUCGUGGAGGCAUCACACCGCAGGACAGAGCUGGCGUAUGGGGACCAGCUGAGGCUGAACUGCUCGGCCACCGGGGACCCCAAACCCAGGAUCAUCUGGAGACUGCCGUCCAAGGCUGUGGUGGACCAGUGGCACAGGAUGGGAAACCGGAUCCAGGUCCUGGACAACGGCACCCUGGUCAUUGACUCUGUGAGUGACAAGGAUGCUGGGGACUACCUGUGUGUGGCGCGCAGCAAGGUGGGAGACGACCUCCAGCUCAUGAAGGUCACUGUGUCCAUGAAGCCGGCCAAGAUCGAUCCCAAGAUGUACGGCAAGAAGCAGGUCCCCUACGGCAACGACCUGAAGGUGGACUGUAAGGCAUCUGGAACCCCAGAGCCAGAGAUCUCCUGGGGCCUGCCGGACGGCACCAUGGUCAACAGCGCCCUGCAGUCAGACAGCAGUAGUGGAGGGGGACGCGCACGGCGAUACAUCCUGUUUGAAAAUGGCACGCUCUAUCUUAAUCAGGUGGGCAUGGCGGAGGAGGGAGACUACACGUGCUACGCCGAGAAUCAGAUGGGCAAGGACGAGAUGCACGUCCACAUCACCGUGGUGACGGCAGCGCCACGAAUACGUACGCCCAGCCGGACCUACGCCCAGGUGAAGCCUGGUGGCAAAAUCCGCUUUGACUGCGAAGCCACGGGCGAGCCCAAGCCCAAAAUCCUGUGGAUGCUCCCUACUAACGACAUGAUCGCAGCCUCCAACGAACGCUAUCUGAUGCACGUCAACGGCUCCCUGGACAUCCAGGAUGUUAAGCUGGUGGAUGCUGGGGAGUACGUGUGCAUGGCUCGCAACACCGCCGGGGAUGACAGCAAAGUUUACAAGAUGGAUAUCGAUGGCAACCCUCCGGUGAUCAACGGCAACUCCCAGAACAGGAUCGUGGUGAAAGACACGGCCACCAAAUACUCCAGGAAGUUCAUAGACUGCAAGGCCACUGGAGAGCCGCUUCCCAAGAUUACCUGGAUCAUGCCAGAUAACAUCUUCCUGAACGCUCCGUACUUCGGCAGCAGGAUCAACGUCCAUCACAAUGGAACGCUCGAGUUCCGGAACGUCCGGCCAACAGACAUGGCGGAGUUCAUCUGCAUGGCGAGGAAUGACGGAGGAGAAGCAGUGAUGGUGGUGCAGCUGGAGGUCACUGACAUGCUCCGAAGGCCUAUCUUCAAGAACCCCUUCAACGAGAGAGUAAUGACCCGUAUGGGGAAGACCACGGUCCUAAACUGUUCUGCAGAUGGUCACCCAACACCAGAGAUCAUCUGGCUGCUACCCAACGGAACCCGCUUCAUCGGGGGCCCCAACCGGGGCUCACGCCAACACCUAGGCAACGACGGAACCUUCGUCAUCUACAACCCCAGCAAGGAGGACGCUGGGAAGUACCGCUGUGCCGCUAAGAACUCGGUGGGCUACAUUGAGAAGCUGAUAGUUCUGGCGGUGGGCCAGAAGCCUUUAAUCCUCACCAGGCCCAGAGGGAUCAUACGCAGUGUGUCUGGUGACCCUCUGUUCCUUCACUGCCUGGCUGAUGGUAGCCCGAGACCCAGGAUCUACUGGACCAUCCCUGGGGGCCACACCCUGACCAGGCCGCAGGUCCAUGGACGCCACCAGUUGAUGGAGAAUGGGACCCUGGUGGUCAAGGACACCACCCUCCAUGACCGGGGAAACUAUGUUUGUCGGGCGCGGAACGACGCUGGCGAGGCGGUUCUCACAGUGUCAGUCAUCAUCAUCGCCUACCCUCCCCGCAUCUCCACGGGACCCCCUCCCACCGUGACAGCGAUGGCGACGGCGCCCAUACAGCUCAACUGUGCUGCCAUCGGGAUCCCAAAGCCAGAGAUUACCUGGGAGCUGCCUGACCGCUCUGUGCUCUCCACGGCGGGGAAAGGGCGGCCCACGGGCAGCGAGCUGCUCCACCCUCAGGGCACGCUGAUCAUCCAGAGACCCACCACAGCAGAUUCUGGCACCUACAAGUGCCUGGCCAAAAACCACCUGGGCACAGACUCACGGGUCACAUAUGUACGUGUGCUGUGA